AACUCAAACCGGAAGCUGUGAUAAAAUUCACACAUGUGUUGCAACAGAUCAAAAUGGCCUUUCAUGCUUUAAGAGCCGGUACGCGACAGAAAGCGGCAAUACAACAGCUAAUCAAAUGUCAGUUAUGUCAAGCAUCAUCGGAGAGCCAACCAAUGAGGACACCUCUACAAAGGGCCGGAUAUCUGGACUGCCGGAUUCAUCAACAGCAGGUUAGACAUAUGUCAGGCCAACCACCAAACUUCUUCAAAAAUGUUUGGAAUGAAAUAAAGGAAGGUUUACAAAAAGACCAAGAGAUGAAGAAAAACUUGAAAAAAUUUCGAGAAGAAACAAAGAAAUUAGAAGAAUCUGAUGCACUACAAAAGGCUAAGGAAAAAUAUAUGAAUAUCCAGAAAGAAACUGGUGAAGAGUUUGGAAAAAAGUUUGGUGAGGUCAAAGACAAAUUGAGUGGUACUUUGCAUGAAUUGUCUGAGCAUGAAAUGGCCAAAAAAGGGAAGGAAUUCACGAAAGAAACAUUCAAGUCUGCUGGUAACUUGGCGGAAACCGUGUCAAAAGGAGUUUCAAAAGGCGGACAACAAUUAGGCCAGUCAAAACCUAUACAAACCAUAUCAGAGGCUGUGAAAAACGAAUUGAAAGACAUAGAUACAACUAGAGCACAAUCCUACAAAAAACCAGAGGUGCUUCGCAUGCGAACUGAAGAUUCUGUUAGCUUCACAAGGAAAGAUGAAGUGGAGAUAAAUGAAGAAGACACGGGGAUGGUUCUACAUAAAGACUCUAAAUUCUAUCAGAGUUGGACAAACUUUAAGGAUAACAACCAGUAUGUCAAUAAAAUGUUUGAGCUGAAAAUGAAAUACGACGAGAGUGAUAAUGUGAUGGUACGAGUUACUCGGACAUUUACAGACAAAGUUGGCAGUGUACUUGGUGGUAUGUUUACAACAACAGAAAUGUCCGAAGUUUUAACAGAAAUCUGUAAAAUAGAUCCAACGUUUGAUAAAGAAAACUUCAUCAAAAUGUGCCAGUUAGAUUUCAUUCCAAACAUAUUAGAAGCAACCCUCAGUGGUAAUCUUGAAAUCUUAAAGGAUUGGUGUUUUGAAGGGGCUUUCAACACUUUAGCACAUACAACUAAACAGAGACAGACAGUCGGUCUUAAGUUAGAUCACAAAGUACUCGACAUCAAUAAUAUUGAGAUUGUUGCUGCAAAGAUGAUGGAACAGGGCCCAGUGUUGAUAAUUUCCUUCCGUUCACAAGAAAUUCGGGUCAUCCGAGACAUGAAGGGAAAAAUUGUAGAAGGAGAUCUAGACACCGUUAGCCGGAUCACGUACGUGUGGGCGCUGUGUAGGGACCAAGAGGAGUACAACCCCAGGGCUGCAUGGAAACUGCUGGAUGUCUCCGAACAAAUCGGGGAAAUGUGGCUCUGAAAGCAUUUCUAGUCAUUGUUUAGGAGGACCUCUGAUCACUCAACAGACAGCAGGAGUCAUGGGUACCAAACAUCACAACAAAUAUCCCAGUAUACAGAAGUCAUUUACGACAUCAGAAGUUGGUGACACAGAACACCUGACAUUAUCCACGACAGAGACUUCGGAAAUAAUCACAUUAUGAUGAAUGUCUGUUGCUGAUCUUGCCUGUGGUGUUUCCAGUCUUCUGUACCGAUUAAACGCUGAGUUUAGUUUUGGGAGAUGUUUUUCCACCCACAGUUUUAAAGAUUAGACUACCUUACAGUUCUCCGGUAAUGGUUUACGAUGGCAUGUUUCCAGCCGAUACUGACCGAUAUUUCUCAGCUAUAGGUAGUUCAAAGGAAACAUUUCAGUCCGGAAAAAUAAAAUUGUACAGCAGCGAACAACAAAAAUAAAAUGAAGGCAACUUAUUUUGUUCAAAUACAAAAUUCGUAAGUAUUUAUAGCUAAUGUAAUUUACACAAUACAAAACAAUUGUAAUUGUUAAUAUCAUCAAGGGACAUAACUCUGUUUAGACUAGUCAUUUGAUCAAAUCCCAGCAUUUCCUAAUCAUGAUGCCUUUGCCUGGGAAUGAAGAUGUCCAGAUUAAUAUUUAUAUUUUGGAUUUCAGUUUGUGUUAAUUUUAAAACUACAGCAACAAAUUAAACAGUAUGCUCAAACGAAAGUCAUUUUUAAUAUUGAGUUAAUUCUACAUAAUAUUGACACAUGUGGAUUAUCCUACCUCAUUUUAACUAUGUUUGCCGAUUUUCUUUGGUACAAUAUGAAGUUAUGAAGAGUUAUAAUUGAUGGUGUUUCAGAGCUGAUCAAAACAGUCGUUACAAGUUUUCAAAAGGGAAAGUUAAACAGUAGGAAAUGCUACUAAAGAUAAUACACGACCAUUAAUAGUACAUGUACUGUGAUACUAUUUUAAAAUAUUUCUUACCAGGUAUGAUUUAAAAAACAGCUGUUAUACGUAUGUUCAGUAUGUACUACAGAAUGAAAACUAUUUAUGUUAAGGAGAAAUAACAGUGUGUUCAUUAUGUAGUUUGGAUAAAAAUAUUGAUGAUUUUAAAUGUUGGCCUGAAAGAAAAUAAAAUAUCUUUUACAUUC